AUGCCUGUGCCAAGCGAUUCUGGCCAAGUUCCAGUACACACUUUCAACAACGAGGAAUUCUAUGGCUCAAGUCACCCUUACAGUCCACCACUGUCUGAUGUAGAGGAGGACGAAGUUGAGCACAUCAUAAUCAAGACUUCUUACAAUCCAUUGUCACCUGAGAACCAGCACUUUAAGGCACCCUGGAACAAAGUGGAUAACAUUAUCUGGAGCACAACAGAAAGGUCUCAUGCUGAAGCAGGGGAGUUUGAAAAUGAAGCUUGCAAAACUUUACCACAAUGGCAUCAAGAUAAUGCAGGACACAUACUUGUGCAUUCCAAUGCAUAUUAUACCAAACAUUGGAAAAUCUGGACCUACUAUGGGAGACUGACACUCAAUUGCCCGGGUGUCAACCCUUUCAAGCAAUGCACAUGUCUUGGUACAACAGACACUGUACCUCAGUGA